AUGGAGGCAGAGCCGACUGUAAAUGGCACUUAUGUUGUCGAUGACAUACAUCCCUGCUAUGAAUCAGUUAAUACAACUUAUGUAUUUACAAGCAACCCUUCCACAAUAUGUGUUUUAGUGUAUAUUUUUCUUGGCUUAUUAUCUGUUGUCACAAUAUGUGGAAACCUUCUUGUAAUAAUCUCCAUCAUUUAUUUCAAACAGCUCCACACUCCUACAAACUAUCUUAUUCUCUCUCUGGCUGUGGCUGACCUGUUGGUAGGGGUUUUAGUCUUUCCUUUCAGCAUGGCAUUCACUGUAACUUCAUGUCUGUAUCAUGAAGACUUACUUUGUAAAAUUAGAGACAGCUUUGAUGUAUCACUGUGCACGUCUUCUAUUCUGAACCUGUGUUGUAUUUCCAUAGACAGAUAUUAUGCAGUUUGUCAGCCCCUGACAUACAGAAGUAAAAUAAAUGUUAAUGUUACUGUGAUUAUGGUCCUGGUGAGCUGGGGUAUCUCUGCUCUAAUCGGAAUUGCAAUAAUAACUGCAGGAUUCAGCCAAGGAACAUGUGAAGAAAUGAAGUGCUCAGUUGAUGUUGUAAUGGCAAACACUAUGGGACCUGUUUUCUCAUUUUACCUUCCAGCGAUCAUAAUGCUCUGUAUCUACCUCAGGAUUUUCCUUGUUGCACAGAGACAGGCUCGCAGCAUCCACAACACAAACUGUCAGAGCACAAAGUCUGGAGCAACUGUCAGUAAGAUGGAGAGAAAGGCCACCAAAACUCUGGCUACUGUUAUGGGAGUUUUUCUUUUAUGUUUGACUCCUUACUUUCUUUGUAUUGUCUUUCUCCCUUUAGCUUAUGAUCCCCCACCUGUCCCUGUGAUUGAAACACUUAACUGGCUCACAUUAUCAAAUUCAAUGCUCAAUCCAUUAAUUUAUGCUUUCUUUUACAGCUGGUUCAGAUCAGCGUUUAGAAUGAUUAUUUCAGGGAAAAUAUUCCUAGGUGAUUUUUCUAACUCCAAAUUGUUUUGA